UUUGGUUUCAUUCGGUUUCGAAUGUAAAGCGCUGAAAUACAGUUGGUGAUGGAAAGUUGAAGUCUUUAAAAGUCGCUGUUUUAUGAAAAUAAUUUAUUAGUAAAUUUCUGUGCUGAGUGCAGAAUGCUAAACUUAAUUAUUCUGACUGUGCUUCCAUUCAUGCGUGUUUGUUAUGGGUACGCUAAUGAAAAUGGGUUUUGUGAUGCUCACAAACAGAACUGUGAUAUUACAAAUAAUCCUGCUCUUAAAUGGAAGAAAAUAAAUGCUGUUAUAAACAGAACGCUCACUAACUAUGAAGAAUGUUCAUCAGAUUCGUGUGCUUGUUUUUUAAGUGUUAUAAAUGAAGAUCUUCAGCCAUUUGAAAAAGGCAUAACGAAACAAGAUAUUUUUGAGAGCAAAAGCAGAGGUAUCCAUUAUCAAGUAAUAAAGCAUGAAUUAUAUCGUGAAAAUGAAUGCAUGUUUCCUUUCAGGUAUUUGUCCUAUUAUUUUAAUUUAUUUAUAAUUAACUUUCACGCUAUAUAAUAAAA